CUCCAAAUCAAUAAAUACCACUUUCAACUACACCAUGAGCAUAAUAAUACCACCCAUGUGGAGAUUGGUCAAUUGGUCAAGUGCCAAUAAUAUUUGAUUUGGGAUCUGUCCUAAUACACUAUACAAUACUUUCAUCUGGACUGUACAAAGUCCAACUACCUCCCAAUUCUCAAGUAUCUCAACUCAAACGCUUACACUUCAUUAAGAUUUUAAGAACAAAUGAAGAAUAAUUCAAAUAAACCCUGAGUCCUGAUCUUGUCUUUCUCAAAUUACAGCUACUGUAGUCUGUAAGGGGGAAUAAACAAUUUGGCCCAAUGGGUGGUGAUCAUCUUCCUUGUUCUACAUCUGAGGAUGAGUUAUCUUCUUUGGAUAGUGAAUACCGGGAUUACCCAUCUCAUCCUUCCUCAUUUUACAGGAAUUGUUCAAGGACAAUGAAUGAAGAUGAAUUGAUAAGUGAAUCAUAUGAGUUGGUUGAUGAAGUAAUUCAUGGAAUUUCUUCUAAUUCAAUUGAAAUGGAAGGAAAUCUAAGGAGAAGGAAGAUUGCAUAUGAUGAGAUUAUGAGGAACUAUGAUGAAUUAUGGGCUCGAAAACAUGGCCUUUAUCAAGCAAAGUUUAAAAUCUCGAGCUAUACUCCUGGUUCAUGGAUCAGUAAUGCUGGUGAGAAGAAGUUCAGCAAUUAUGUCAUACCAAAAACGACCGUGCUCUUACUAAUUGGUCCUAAAGGAUCUGGGAAAAGCAGUUUGAUUAACAGAAUAUCUAGAGUAUUUGAAGAUGACAAGUUUGCAUCCGAGAGAGCACAAGUAGCAUAUAACCCAUCUAUUGGGGAAGGGACCUUCUUCCUUCAAGAAUAUAUGAUUCCCCGAGGUGCAACUUCGUUUUGCUUGUUUGAUACGCGUAGUUUGUCUGAGAACUUUGCUGAUAACGAUGAAAUGCUUCAGCGUUGGAUGAUCAAAGGGGUUCGACACGGUGAGCUAGUUAUUAGGGAUUCAGAUUCUCCUGGUUUGAAAACGUCACUAGAAUGCAAAGCUCAUCAGAGUGGUAUUCCUUCGAGUGCGAUCAGAAAGGUUAACUUCGUUAUAUUUGUUGUUAAUGGCUAUCAAGUACUUCGAUCUAUGAAUUGUGACAAGAAAGAGGACAAAAGGUAUAUGGAAAUAGUGUCCGAAACUUUCAGCUGCCCGUAUUUGUCAUUUAAAGAUGAUAAACCGGUUAUUGUAGUCACACAUGGUGAUUUACUUUCUCUAGGAGAUCGAAUUCGUGUCCGCAUUUACCUAGGUGAGAAGCUGGGUGUGCCACCUGCAAAACAGAUAUUUGACAUACCAGAUAACUCUGAUUUGACAAGUGAACUGAUGAUCGUGGACAUGAUAAGAUACUCUCUGGAACACGCCGACAAGAAUAUCCCAUGCAAGGAGUCUGGAGAUUGGGUUGAUAGGAGUACUUUCUUUGUUAAGGGUUUCAAAGAUAAGGUUUCUGGAACAUCCUUGUUGACAUUGAUAAUUACGGCAAUACUCCUGGGAAUAGCAUGCAUCGCUAUGCCAACGAAUCAAGUUCAUAGAAAUGAUCAUCCACCGGUGGCAUCUACGAUAAAAUGGCCUUCAACUGAAUCACAAAAUCCUUUCAAGCUUCAGGACCCUCUAAUCACAUAUUCAUCAAAUUCCGACUCAAUUUCUACUGUAAACCAUUCUCAUAAAAGUCAAGCAUAUGAGAAUGUCGACUCUCAAACUACAUCUAUACCGUCUAUCCCUUCAGAAUCCGUUGUGGUGUCAUCCGAGCCAUCAACGACUCUAGCAGCUAAAUCUGAAUCAGCUUUACCCUUGAAAUCUUCAGCUGUUACAUCCCAGCCAAGUCUGCCCUCGAAAUCUGCUGUUAUUACAUCUGAGCCAACUUUGCCUUCAAAAUCUAGUGCAGAUUAUUUACAUAAACGGCGAGAUUCUCGAUCACCAUCUCCUAAGAAACGGCAUCCUGAAUCUGCUGUUAAAUGGCACAAGAUUCGUCACCUGUGGUUAGACUCGGAUUAAAUUCCACGUUGUAACUUCGUUUUUUGGGGCUUCAAGUUCAAUUUAGAUGAUGUUGUGAUGUGUAUGCAUGUAUAGCAACUUUCUAAUGUAUUAUAAAUAUACCUUGUGCUGAUUAGUUUCUCCUCCCAGUGUCAUGACAUUAAGUCUGUACUGUUAAGAGACGAUAGCAAUCUUCCGAGUGUAUGAGAUCGAUUGUAACCCGACAGAUAAAACAUAUGGAGCUAAUAACUGUUGCUGGUGUGCAAAUGACUACGUUUUGUUAAUCAAAUGUAAAACGUUUAAUUUUUUUUAUAUAACAACAAUCGACCCAAGUUCCUUCUGGGAAAA